AUUGCCGGGUCCUUUUACUACAGUUUUAUUUAUUUAUUUUUUUUGAAGUUUGAAAAACAAACUAUCAGUCUUAAGUUUAGCAUAAACAAAUCCAUUGGCCAACAUAAUAAAAAAAUCCAUUCACAACUUCAAAGCCUAUGAAAACCAUCCAUUUCCAUUAAUGGAAUCUUUGUAUUUCUUUUUCUCCUUUGCUACUAUCACUUCUUGCUUCGCAUUUCUUCCAUCUCUCACCGUCUCAGAUCUCAUUUCCAACCAUUCUGUUCUUCCAAACUUCACAGCAACCUACCUUCAACUCCUCGAAAACAAUGGCAGUUUCUUGAACUCUAUCAAUGGCACUUUCACGGCCUCUACACAGAGUGCAUCACAGAGGUCUUCAAGCUUCUACUCCUCCAUCUUCAUCAUCCAUCAGCCCACUCACACUGACAUCUGGACGGCCAAUGGCAACAAAUCCAUUUCAAACACUGCUAAACUAUCACUCACCAUCCAUGGCCUCUCCAUUACCGAUGGCUCUAACAAUGUUAUCUGGUCCACACCAGCUUUUAGCUCUCCCGUUGGAGCACUCCGGCUCUUAGAGACAGGGAACCUUGUGUUGGUUGAUAACAUGAACGUGUCUCUAUGGGAGAGUUUCAAUUAUCCCUCAGACACCAUCGUCAUGGGACAGAGCUUUCCUGUAGGAAAAUCUUUGUUCAGUUUUGCAGGAGACACCAACUUGUCGGCCGGUGAUUAUCGGCUUACACUUGCCGGAGAUGAUUUGUUGUUGCAGUGGAUGGGACAGACAUAUUGGAAACUCUUCAUGGAUAUAAAUGCCUACAGGAAUUCAAACAAGCCAGUUUCGUAUAUGGUGGUGAACAACACUGGUUUGAAUCUAUACGGGGAUGAUGGAACGGUAGUUAUUCAAGUUAACUUGGAGGCAUUAGUUUUAGGAUGGCCAAGUUGGGAUCAGAAGGGAGGUUUACGAUCAUGAGCUCAACGGCAGAUAAGUGGGUUGAAGAAUUUAUUGCUCCUGAAUACAGUCGAGUUCCAGCAAUUUGCGGAAAAAUGGGAGUUUAUGACACAGGCAAAAUGUCUUGUACGUGCCCAUCUGGUUUUCAUAGAGGACCAGGUGAAAACGGUGGUUGUGUGCCAAAAGAUAAUACAUUAUCUUUGCCUACAGCAUGUAAUUCAGGUGCCAAUAAUGGCUCGGGAUUGAAUUUGAUGUCAAUUUCUUAUUUGAAACUUGAGGAUGGGAUGGACUAUUUUGCUAAUAAUUUUAUGGCGCCUGAGGAGCUUGGUGUAAACCUAUCAACAUGUCAAGAUCUAUGCUCCAAAAAUUGUUCAUGCUUGGGCUUUUUCUAUAGAAAUCACUCUGGCAAUUGUUAUAUGCUUCGGAAUGAUCUCGGUUCCAUAUACACUGGUACAAAAAAUCGCAUUGGCUACAUAAAGACUUCAUUAGCAGCUUCUUCCACCACAGUUAGCAAAAAGGAAGAAAAAUUCCCAGUAGCAGGAAUGGUGUUAAUACCUAUAUUUGGCUUCUUCAUGUUAAUCACCAUUAUGGUCCUAGCAAUUCUCUGGCUAAGAAAAACAAGGUAUUCAAAAGUUGUAGCGGCUACGAAUCUGGGCAGUUGGAAUUCAUCUUCAUCAGCACCAGAGCUUACAGUGACCACUCUUCCAGGUUUGCCAAUAAGAUUUGAUUUUGAUGAGCUUGUUUCUGCUACUGAAAAUUUCAAGAACAGUAUUGGAAGUGGCGGCUUUGGCACUGUUUAUAGAGGUACUCUGCCAGACCAAACUGCUGUCGCAGUGAAAAAGAUAACAAAUCUAGGAGCCACUGCCAAGAAGGAAUUCUACACCGAGACUGCAAUCAUCGGAAGCAUUCGCCAUGCCAAUCUAGUUAGAUUGAAAGGAUUUUGUAUCCAUGGAAAUCUGCGCCUUCUAGUAUUUGAGUUCAUGAAUAAAGGAUCCUUGGAAAAGAUUCUUUUCGGAACAGGGUUGGUUCUAGAAUGGAAAGAGAGAUUGAAAAUAGUGCUAGGAAUAGCAAAGGGACUUGCUUAUUUACAUAGUGGAUGUCAACACAAGAUCAUCCACUGUGACAUCAAGCCAGAGAACAUUCUACUGCACGGAGAAGGUUCAGCGAAAAUCUCCGAUUUUGGGAUGUCAAAGCUGCUAGAUCACCAUGGAAACUCCAAGCUAUUAACGAUUAUGAGAGGGACAAGAGGCUAUAUGGCACCUGAAUGGCUCACUAGCUCUGGCAUCACUGACAAAUCAGAUGUUUAUAGCUUUGGGAUGGUUUUACUGGAAAUUGUGAGUGGAAGAAGGAAUUGCUCAUUGUUGAUACAAAGCACUGAAUCCGGAUCAAAUGGCCCAUCCUUCUCUUCUUCGAGUCUUGAAUCAGGAUCCGUUUAUUUCCCUGCAGUUGCACUGGAAUUGCAUAAGCAAGGAAUGUAUUUGAAGCUAGCAGACCCAAGACUAGAGGGGCGAGUGGAUAGUGAAGAGGUUGAGAAGAUGGUGCGGGUGGCUCUGUGUUGUGUACAGAUAGUGCCAGAGCUUAGGCCAACUAUGGCUGAAGUGGUUGCCAUGUUGGAAGAUCGAUUGUCUUUAAGUGAGCCUAGGAUCGAGGCCUUGAAUUUCUUGCAGUCAUUUGGAGGGAGACUCACCAAACAUGCACAAAACUAACAAGGAUACGAUGAAGGAAAUAAUAGAUUUUACGACAGGCCUUUAAUGUAAUCUGCACCAGAAUCUAUAUAUAUGUCCUACCAUUAUUAGUUUUUUAAAUAAUUAUUAGGUUCUUGGAUAUGAUGGUCCGAGGUUGAGAAAGAGCAUUUAAUAAAGCAUCAAUCUACUAGUGAACUUUGCAUUAAAUGAUGUUCAUCUCACUGGAAAAUUACAAGCUUAUGGUGUUCUUA